UCCAGUGAAUCCAUCGGAAGCAACUCAAACAACCCGCCUUGCCAGGGCCGAUCUUGGCAUCAAUAAAGUAUUUUAUUGGCUGAGCAAAAACUCCGGCGGGGCUCUCAUUGGACACACCCGCCCCGAAACGACCUUUGAUUGGCGAGGCUGAGCUGUCACAGAAGGAAAGUGGUUGCACCCUUGCGCUCAACGAUGGACCGUCGACGCGCCUGAGUCCGGUGUCGCGCGGCGGGCAGGUUCGCGGGCUCGAGCGGGGAGGGAGGAGAACGGCGCGCGAGGGUCGCCUGGCCGCCCCCCUCCUCGGAGUGCGCGUGCGCGUCCCCUGUCUGCCGGUGCGCCGCGAUCCUUUCCACGAGGCGCCCGCCGGGAGGAGCUGCCGCAGCGGCAUCGAUCCAACUCCGCCCAGAUUUCCCAACCCUUCACACCAUGCAAGUGGCUGAGGAUGCCUGCACCCAUCUGGAGGAUGAGCUGCUCUUCUGUGAAGACUGCCGACUUUAUUUCCGCGACUCCUGCCCACAGCACGGACCCCCUACCUUUGUGGCUGACACACCUGUUCCAGAAAGAGCUCCAUCACGGGCACUGCUGUCCCUGCCUGAGGGACUUCUGGUCAAGGAACGUUCCCAAGGAGGCUUUGGAGUGUGGAGUGCUCUCCCAGCCCUACCUCGUGGCUGCAUCUUUGGGCCCUAUGAAGGGGAAGUGGUCCGAGAACAUGGUGACUGCACCCGUUAUUCAUGGGCGGUACGGGACAAUGGCUCCUAUUUUUUCAUUGAUGCAUCUGAUGAUUCCAAAUCCAACUGGAUGAGAUAUGUGGCAUGUGCCUCCACUGAGGAUGAACAGAACCUAACUGUAUUCCAGUACCGGGGUUACAUCUACUACCGUGUCUGCCAAAUUAUACCUGCUGACACAGAGCUGCUGGUGUGGAUAGGAGAGGAAUAUGCCCGUACUUUAGGACUGCGCUUAGGUGAGCAUUUCAAAUAUGAAUUUGGCGAGAAAGAAUUGCUGAUGAAACUCUUCCAAGAGCUGCAUGUCAAGACCCAGUCGCCACCGCCAGCUGCCCAUGCUCCUUCCUCACGUACCCAGUACCUGUGUGGAGACGCCACUGCCUCUUCCUUCCUGCCCCUCCACAAGCCGGGCCUCCCUGUGGGAGGAAGCACCUUUCCCCUGCUGGAAGGGACACAAAACCUGGUGGGUCUGGGCAGGGCUCAAAGCCGCUACUGGACAUUUUUCGGCUUCCAGGGGGAUGCUUACGGCCGCAUCCUCGACAAGAGCAAGAUCAUCUGCAAGCUGUGUGGAGUCCGGCUGAGCUACAGUGGAAACACCACCAACUUGCGCCAACAUCUCAUUUACAAGCAUCGUUGUGAGUACAACCAGCUCGUUGGGACGCAGGCUGCCACCCUCGACAAAGGAGUAGCUGGGACAGGCGAGUUUGGAGCUCCCCGGCCUCCAGUCCCUGGCCGGACCACACGGGCAGUGGCUGACUUUAUCGUGUUGGACCUGAUGCCUGUGGAGGUGGUAGAAGGUGAGGGGUUUGGGCAGAUACUAGCAGUCCUGGACCCCAACUACAAGCCCCCUGAGGCUGCUGCCCUUGCCCACACAGUGCUGAAGGACAUGUAUACCCAGGUGAAAGGGAAAAUCUGGGAACUGGUGCGGGCCCUGCCCCAGUGUUCCCUCAGUUUGGAUGUGUGGCACCACAGCAGCACUCUGACCUACCUCACACUCACUGUGCACUAUGUGGAUGACUGCUUUGAAGCCCGGGCCCGGGUCCUCUCGAGCCGCCCCAUUCCUGAGAACCCCAGCACGGAAAGCCUGGUGGAAGCUCUGGCUGAGGCCACCAAAGAGUGGGGGGUGCGUGAGAGCACCUCGUACACUGUGGGAGGCCUUGGCCCUGCCACCCAGCAAGCAGCUGCGGCCCUGGGGUGGACAGCCCUGCCUUGUAUCGGGCAGGCCUUGCGGGCAGCAAUGGAAGCAGUGCUGGGCCAGCCAGCGGCCCAGAGCGCCCUGGAGCGUCUCCGUCGCUUGGCCUCUUGGGCGCUGACUGGGGCAGGUCGUAACGAGAAACUGUGGUUCCAGGAGCCACUCUUGCAAGCCCACCUCAGCCGCUUCCUGAGAGAUGGGGGCAAAUGGCACAGCAUCUACACAGUCCUGCAGGGUCUGCUGGAAUACAGCAAGUCUCUGUCAGGGCUCGGUCCUGAUGGAGAGGCAACCCUACACCCGCAGGACUGGGCUGCCCUUCAGGAUAUAGUCAAAGUUCUCAAGCCCAUGGCAAUUGCUACCUCAACAUUUACCAAAGAUCCCUUUUCCAGCCUGGCCCUAGUCAAGCCUGUGUUAACUAGCCUCCUCUACAAGCACUUGGUGGCCAGCGAGUGGGACUCUGCCCUGGCCCUCGAAGCCAAAGCAGCAGCCCAGAAAGAACUGAACCACCAUUUCUCCAGCCCCGAUGUUAACCAGGCCCUCAACCUGGCCUGCGCUCUGGACCCCCGGUUCCGUGGCCUUGACUUCCUGAGCCAUUCUGACCGGGUGGAAACUUUGCACUUGCUCAAGGCCGAAGUGUCCCGCCUGGCCGAGGCCCCUGCCUUCUUGACCUCCAGCCUGCCCGAUGUGGCUUCCCCGUCGCCCCCUGCCAAGUUGCCGAAGCAAGAUGCAGGCAUCGAAUUCCUGCUGGGAGACCUCUGCAGCAUGCGUGGUGGCCCAGGCAUCAGCUCUGCCCAUCAGCAAGCCGAGCAGGAGACAGCCAGCUUCCAGACCAGCAAAGCAUCUGCCCUUGCUCAGGAACCCCUGCAGUGGUGGAAGAUCCACCAUACCCAAUACCCACUGCUGGCCCGGGCAGCCCGCAAGCUCCUAGGCGUGCCUGCCACCUCAGUGCCUGCUGGUUGGCUCUUCAGCAGCGCUGGGGAUGCCAUCCACACUAAGCGCCAAGCCCUGACACCAGAGCAUGUUGAUAUGCUCUUGUUCCUCCAUGGCAACCGUGCCAUGCUCUAUUAGAAUACACAACGAGAGCAGGUUUGGGUGGGCAUCUGUCUGCAGAGUCCUAGAGCAUCCCACCACAUAAGAUUGAGUGACACAGAAGAAGGGCUUCCACGUGUCCUGUACCUACUUCCCUCUGCCAGGCUGACCAAAAGAUCCAGAGGGAGAAUACGGUCUGUGUGUUUUACUUCCAGAGAGGAAGUAAAAGUGGAAUAGGGCAAACCAUUCGAGUGGUUUGGCGGGGUGGGGGAGGGAAAGUCCAUGAGCCAAACUAGGGCAAACCUCCUCAAAGUGCAUCGUCCAGGUAUUGAACUACAAUUUCCAUCUACUCCCACCAGCUGCUUGGGAGCUAUGAAUAUAUUAGUUCAAUGAAGUUGUAGGGUACCAGGCUGAGGAAGGCUGAUCUGGAAUAAAAGAAACAGCUGUGGCUUUUAGUAGGCUUUGUUUGGAGGGGGGGAUGGGGGAGGAGACCAAAUUAGAUCAUGUUAAAUCUUCCAAAGGAGUAGGAGGGCUGAUGUGCUGGAAUAUUCCAUAAAUGUAAGGGAAUUGAGGGUUUGAGGGUGUGUAUGGGUGUGUAGUCUAUACAGUAGUCCUCACCCCUCAGGGAAAAGAUACCACAGAGGGCGGGAACAAUCCGGGCAUGGGUCAGAAGGAGAAAAUAUUUGAGAACAGAAGUGAUGCAUUAAAAGUAAGUGGGGGCACAAAAAAGGGUUGGACUAUUCCAUGCCUACAAUGGGGAGACAGAUCUGUAAUUGGGAGCAGAUAGGGGGGAAAAAUAAAGGAACUGAAUCGUGUAGGGAGCUGAAGAUAAUGACGGCACAGGUUUCGGGGAAACAGAAGGAUGGCAUGGAAUAUUUCAAGUGGUUUGGAUUGUAAUUCAGGCACACACCAAGCAGGCAGGUGGUUGGGGUUGAGGUGGUUUUGCUCUGCAAGGAGCCCUGGAGUAUUUAAACAAAAGAUACUCAUACCUAAUCAUACCUUUUUCCCUUAUUUUAUUGUCUUCUGGAGUGAUGGUGGACAACAUAGUAGGUGGGGAACUCCCCGGUGCUGAGGUAUCUUACUUGCACUAUGGAUUCUGUGAAUAUAUCCAGCAUCCUUUGUUUUCCCUUCUCUUCCCACCCAUCCCCAAAAACCAAGAUACAGAGUCAAAAGAAGAAGGGAUGUUAGAAAAGUACUAUGAUUCCUCUGGCCUUCCUUCCAUUUCUGGGGCAUUACAUUGACCUAAAAACCAAAGAAAGUAUUAACCAUUCCUCUCUUCAUUGCACCUUGAUCAUUUUUUUGGAUACCCCUUCCCCCAUAUAUGCCUCCCUUGGCCUCCUCUCCUGUCCUCCCCCCUCCUUUGUCUGCACACGUUAAAAGGUUCAAAGUUAUCACACAAAAGAGGAACAGUUGAAAACAGGUUUACAUCUUUUAUAAGGUAUACAGACAAGAUCCACGAUUCCACCUUCCUUCCCCCUCUUCACUUUAAAAUAAGUUUUAUUUAG